AUGGUGGUUUUUGUCAAAGCUCGGGUUCUGAGGAUGACAUUACCUCCACCAUCGGUUACAAGAUAUUACAUUCACGUGAUGAAUGGGUUAAGCAACGCCGAUUUGAUUGUGCAUUGCCAGUCGAAGGAUGAUGAUUUGGGGUAUCACCAUUUGGCUAACCGGGGAGAUGAUUAUCAGUGGAACUUUAAAGAGAACUUUUGGCAAACAACUCUAUUUUGGUGCAAACUAGAGAAGCAAAAUGUGCAUGUGUCUUUUGAAAGCUUUUGGCCCGAGUCUAAGAGCACUUGGCUACGUGAUAGGUGUGGGUAUCAAGGAACUUGUAUUUGGACCGCGAAAGAUGAUGGAAUUUAUUUGAGAAAUAUGCCUGCUAAUAUCGAUGAGUUUGUUCAUAAAUGGAUCCCUACAAAAUGA